AUGUCAUUCUUUCCUUCCUUUCAAAACGACCAAAAUCCCACGCGUUCAUUCUCUCCACUGUUUUUUCCAGUAUCUCGAGAUGGUAUGAACAUGCAUCAGGAUGACAUUGGUUCCAUUCAUCUUCUCCAAAGUAAUAACAACACGGUUGUUCCUUCACUCACCAAUUCAACCUCAUGGACUGAUCCAAUCAAAUACAGUUUAUCCGUCGUCAUGACCAGUGGACCUUUUUUCUUCAUCUUUUGGAUUUUGCUUGUCGUUUCCAUCAUUGUUUAUGCACUCAAACGUAAAGACAUGAAGAGAAAUCAACACAUCUUGUUUGUCUUGACCAUUGUUUUGGCAUUGGACGUGACUGCCAAUUUGACGUUGAGAAUAAUUUCAGAAUUGGGAAAUUUCACAUCUGUGGGUAGCGACAAGUCAUUUUCUCUGUAUUAUACCAUUAUGGGUGCAGUUCAGAGAGUGAGUAUUAACUAUUGGGUUUGGCAUCAACUCUUAAUGAUGGCCUUCCUUUGUCAUGUAUUUGCCAAAACAUGUAAAGAAACAGGUGCCAUCUCUCAAACUCAAUUCACUCGAAUGAAAAUUGCCAUUCAAUCGACCUUGAUUGGAAGUGCCAUUUUCUUUGCCAUUCAAACCUUGGCUGUCGUGGUUUUGGGUGCUUUGGUGAGUGCUGGAAUAAUACGAGAAGCUUCAUCCAUUCUCGCCCAACAAGUUGCCAUUUUCUUAGCUGCUUGUGUCAUGUUUUUCGUGUUCACUAUUUGUUUCUCCAUUUUGCUCAAUGUCACUGGUUACAAGUUAAAUUCUUCCUUGCAAGAGAGUGUGAAAAAAUUGAAAGCUAAAAUGAAGAAAGAUCAUUCACAUUUGGGAGUAGAGAGAGCGAAUGGUGAUUCUUCAUCUGCGUCUUCUAUGGGUGUUACUGCUUCCAAUUCUCAACCAUCAAGAAGUGGAGGUCACUUGUUUGGAAAUUUCACAAAUAAGAGAGACCGAGAACAUACACUCCAAUUGAAACAAACAGCCCUUCGAAAAACUCGAAUCAUGCAAGCAGGUCUUUCCAUUGCCUUAUUGAUGCAAUCGAUUGGUUUUCUAUUCAUUCCAUUGAUUUUUGCUUGGCAAUUUAAUGCAAUCUUUUUUCACACAUUUACCAAUAUUGGACUCGUUAUUUUCAUUUCACUCAUGAUUGCCAUUAAUACUCCCAUGCAACAAGUUCAACGAAUGUUUCGAAGAGAUUCACAAGUGAGUAUGGAAUCCAGUACAGCUCACAACUCUUCUCGAAAUGUAGAAUCGAAUGAUCCUCCAACAAGUCCUAUGACCAUCAUUAAGGAUUUGACUGAAGAUGAAAAGAGUAUACAGGAUCCUGCUACUUUUCAAAAUCAUCACCAUCAUGGAAUGCAGCAUCAUCAUCUCUCGACAUCCAAUGCUCUUUCAUCUUCAGAGAGUGAGAUGAAUCCAAUCAGUGAAAUGAUGAUGAAGGAUGUGCAGUCGCCUGGAAUGGAUUCUCUAGUGUUGAACACUCCUACUAGCAUUCAACAUCAAGAGGUGUAG